AUGGACGCCAGUGCUUACUGCUCUGGUGGCUUAGUUUCUGCUACACCUAGAAUCUUAAUGCCAGACUCGACAUAUCGAAGAUUAAGGUAG